UUCAUUUACCUUUUUAUUGUUAGUUUCUCGUCCUCUUAUUUCUCUAUUUUCAUGCUCCUCUCGACCUCGAGUUUUGGUUUAGGGUUUCAAUCGAGAUCUUGACAUGGCGGGUGCUGGAAUCCACCCAUAUCACCAGCAAUGGCCGCCGGCACCAGCACCUCCGCCCCCACCAGCCGCAGCAGCAGCCGCUCCUCCACCACCUCCUUCUGUCCAUCAUCCUCCUCCACCUGCUCCCUCUCAUGACGAGGUUCGGACUAUCUUCAUUACGGGUCUUCCUGAAGAUGUUAAAGAGAGAGAGCUACAGAAUUUGCUGAGAUGGCUUCCGGGUUAUGAGGCUUCGCAAGUGAACUACAAGGGAGAAAAGCCCAUGGGUUUUGCUCUCUUCUCAAGUGCACAACUUGCAGUUGCUGCAAAAGAUUCCCUUCAGGACAUGGUUUUUGAUGCUGAGUCAAAGUCAGUAUUGCACAUAGAGAUGGCCAAGAAGAAUCUAUUUGUUAAAAGAGGUAUAGUAGCAGAUUCUAAUGCAUAUGAUCAAAGCAAACGAUUGCGAACUGGUGGUGAUUAUUCGCACAGUGCUUAUACAACUCCAUCUCCUUUUCACCCUCCUCCUGCUCCUGUUUGGGGACCACACGGGUAUAUGGCUCCAACUCCUCCUCCAUAUGAUCCAUAUGGAGGUUAUCCUGUUCCUCCAGUACCAAUGCCAACCCCUGCUCCUGUACCAGCUCCUAGCAGUUACGUGCCUGUUCAGAAUACCAAAGAUAACCCUCCUUGCAAUACCUUAUUUAUUGGCAAUCUUGGAGAGAAUAUUAAUGAGGAAGAACUAAGGGGCCUAUUCAGUGUUCAACCUGGUUUUAAGCAAAUGAAGAUCUUGAGACAAGAAAGGCAUACUGUUUGCUUUAUAGAGUUUGAAGAUGUCAAUACUGCAACCAAUGUGCACCACAAUUUACAGGGUGCUGUGAUCCCUAGUUCUGGUUCUGUUGGCAUGCGAAUACAAUAUUCUAAGAAUCCUUUUGGUAAAAGGAAGGACUCUGGUCAUCCAAUUGCUUCCCCUGGUGCAAAUGGUGCUCCACCAGCAAUGACUUACCAGUAGAUCAAGGGGAUGUUCUCUGUUUUCUGUGCUCCGACAAAUACAACUGUUACAUGCUAGGAUGCAUCUUGCAGCUGUUGCAUGCAUCCAUCUCAUUGUCAACAUCAGCAUUAGCAUCUCUUCUCAUGUGUUUGAAUGCACAUAGUUGUUUCAUGAACACACCAUUUGCUCAUGUUAUAUCAAUUUACCUAAGACAUGCAUUUGUCUGCAGCAUGCGUUAUGGCAGGUUAACUUUAUAGGGUUUGAGAUAACUUUUAACAUUUGUAGAAGUAGCACAUUAUCUACAGUUUUGGUUAUUUUGCGUGCUAUUCUACCUCAUAUUAAACAUUGACCA